AUGUCGCAAUUAGCUCGUUGGGUGCGUGCUCACCCGGCAAACGUGGUUGUUGUGCCCAUGAACGUUGUCAGAGUGGUCUCUUUACACGAAAUGUUUGCUAUCGGCACAGAAGGCCUUGGAGCAUGCUCCGCCAUUGUAAUAGCAUCAUCCCAUGGUGCCAUUGUUGCUCACAUUCCACCUCGCCCGACGGCAUCAGCAUCCGACCCGUAUGCUGGUGAUAACAAUGUUCGUCGGUUAAUGGCAGAAGCGACCACCUUGUACAUGCGUUACCGCGAUGAAUACUUUGCCAGCCAUACAGAUACUGUUAUUGUAUGUGCCCUGUAUCAGGGUGCCAUAGCCCUACCUGACCAAGUGCAAAUCAUGCAUUCGGCACUUAGACGCUUGGGACCCAGUGUGUGGACAUAUAAUGUACCCGGAAAUAUACCAAUCCGGGACAAGGAACUGUGCUCGCCAUCGGUAGCCGCGGGCUCGCCUCCCUUGGGCUUCUCAAUGAUGGUCGCGCUCGGAUAUACUCCCGAUCAGCAGCUGUUGCAAAUGUGA